AUGCAGGCGGCAGACGCAGGCGCGGGCAGCGGGGCGGGCGCUGCGGACGAAGGCUCGGACGGCCAGGACCGUCGCCGUGGCCCGGGCGGUCCCGGCUUUCCCGGCGGCGCGGGCGAGGCAGCUGCUGCCGCCGCCGGCAGGGCUCGGCCCGUCUCGCGCGUGCGGCACGUCCCGGAGCCGGGUGGAGACGCCGCUGCCACGACUGGAAGGCGGGAGAGCCGAAGACACAUAUUUGCCCUCUGCGUGCCUUUUCCAUCCCGCGUGGAGGCGGAGAUUGCCUGUGGGUCCCUGGCCCCAGAUGCCGAGCCCCACAGAAAGGCUGUCGAGAAGCAGCUGACAGUGAGCGGCAGCGUCCUGGCCGUCCACUGGAGGGCUGAGGAUCCUCGCCUCCUGCGAAUUUCCGUCCUCAACUUCCUGGACCACCUUUCCCUGGUGAUGCGGACCAUGCGGCGCUUUGGGCCCCCCGUUUCCCGCUAAGCUUGGGCCGGGGAGAGGGGCUGAAGUCUAACGCGUCCCUCCCCGGGGACUGCGUCCUUCCCGGGACAGUGACUCCUGUCGUACCAGCUGCCACUGUGUUAGGAGGGCCUAAUCCUCGGCCGCUACCGGCCCCAGGGCACUCAGGGCCCGUUUGUUUUGUU